AUGCAGCAACAGAACGAAUCUGGCAACAAAACAGAUAUGGUUAGAGUAGCUCAGUCUAAGAAUAUAUAUAUUUUUAUUUUUCAUUUUAAAUACUAAAAAAUGGCAGAUUAUGUUGUUCGUGAUUAGGGGGAGAGUUACCUUAUACUCUGAUGGAAAAUCACACCAUUUUCACGUUCCGCUGGUGAUUUAUUUUUUUCUAUUUUCCAGAAAACAAAAGUCUGCAAAACUCCUAAUAAGUCUGAAGUGGAAGAAAGCCAGGAAGCUGCCGAGAGCAAUGAUAUAACACAAGCUAGCAAAACUCCUACCAAGAAGCUUAAAGCAAAGGAGAAUAACCAGGAGCCUGUAGCAAGUAACCAAACCCCAUCACAAGCCAGGAAAACGCCAGCCAAAACGCCUAAAGCAAAAGAGAAUAACCAGGAACCUGUAGCAAGUAACCAAACCCCGUCACAAGCCAGGAAAACGCCAGCCAAAACGCCUAAAGCAAAAGAGAAUAACCAGGAACCUGUAGCAAGUAACCAAACCCCGUCACAAUCCAGGAAAACGCCGGCCAAAACGCCUAAAGCAAAAGAGAAGAACCAGGACCAUGUGGAGAGCGAAGAAUUGAUAACACAAGCCAGCAAAACACCAAAAGCGAAAGCAAAGAAACAAGAACCUGUAGCAAGCAUUCAAACACCAAUACAAGGCAGGAAAACUCCUGCCAGAACGCCUAAAGUGAAGAAACCAGAACCCGUAGAGAAGAGUCAAAUCAUGUCAACACCACAAAGUGUAGUAAAGAAACGCAAAGCUAGUGAUGUGAAAAUUGAGGACCUUGCAGAAAAAACAAACACUGAGAAAAAGUCUACUCCCUUAAAGUUGGCUAAAACAGAGGAACAGGAGCAGAACUCUCUGACCAAAGACACCAUCCUUAAAAAGACACCCAAAAAGAUUGCUGGGAAGUCUGCUGUGAAACUAAGCAAAUCUGUUAAAAAGGCUCCUCAAACCCCAAAACUAAAGCAGAAGAAGAUUCUAAAAGCCCCAAAGUCUGUUUAGUGCCCUUUAGAGAGAAACUAAGAUCUGGUCCGUUUCUACUUCGUGUUUCUCGUUAAUCUUGCUACACUAUCUGUAAACAAAUGUAUCAAAAAAAUUUUUUAAUGAACAUUUUAUUUUGUAUUCUGGUAACCGUUCUCCAUGGAGUGUGUAACAUUAUGUAUUUUGCAGCGAUAAAAGCCUACUGAAAGUCAAGUUUUGGAGGGUUGUUACGUACUUUUAUUUUUUCUUUCUAUGAAGCGCUAUCAAAUUGUACCUGUCACAUGUAGAGAUUUUGAAUCUUCUACAGUGAUCUAUCCAAAUGUCAUAUUUGCUUGUUAAAGAAGUUUCCAUUGUGCUAGUAUUUCUGUCUGCACUACUGCCAAGUCUUGUCAGAUGAGUCUUGGAGGAACCUGUAUGCACAAAAUUACAAAACAUUAGUCUGUGGGUGUCCAUAAGAGUUGGCACCAAUGCUAUCUUUCACUCCAUUCAGAGAUUUUCUCCAUGAUUUCAACUACUACAGGGGUUGGUGGGGGGGAUGAGGAGACAUGACCGCAUACAUCUUGUUAUUCUAGUUUUGCUUGGUGUAUUUAAAUACUAUUUAUAUGUUAACCAGCAGUUACGGAAAUAGACAAUCUAAACACAAAU